AUGAGACGUUGGAAACAACAACGGCUUCAAAAUCGAGCUAUUGAAAUUGGUCAGGCACUUCAUCAACGUGAUGUGAAUAAGGUCAAUAUAAACCCAACAAUUGAUGAUAUUAUUGAUAUGAGCUCAAUCAAUAUUAAUAAUACCAUUGAUAAUUCCAUCAGUAGUAAUUUGGGCGAUAAUGAACCAGCAUUUCUAACUGAUGCUAUUAAUAAAAUUAAACAAUUAUCAUGUGACACACGACCUAUUAUUACAGAAAAAGAUAUUUCUUGUGCAUUAGUACUUCUGAAGAAACGUCAUCGUCUUUCUGUACAUUGUAUCAAUGACAUUAUCUCUCUUUUACGUACAUUGAAUGUUCCAAAUGUACCUUCAAGUUGUCAUCGUUCAAAUGAUGAUUCAAAAAUCUGUCGAUUACGUCAUGAAAGUAAAAAAGAUGAUCCACUAGUUCGUAUUUUCUUUCCACUUACAAAAAUCAAGUACUAUCAGACCCUUCAUAUUGGCAGAACUCGAUUAUGUACACGUUCUUAUGCAGAAGGCAAAGCUGCCGACGAUUCAAACAUCAUUUUUCUUCUGGACAAUAUCGAGUACCCUGGGAAAAUUCGAACAAUCUUCACCAUUAACGAUGGUGAGCCUCAUCUUCUUGUCGGGUAUAUUAACAAUCUUACUCCUCUCAAUUGUGAAAUCGAUGAAAAUGAAAACUUUGUUUAUCCUAAUAUUCUUUUCUCAGCUACUUCUAAAUGGAAUUACAUUCCAAUAGAAGUAAAAGAUUUCGUUGAGAAAAGUGUCUUCUUCCAAAGUGGAGGAGGAGUAUGUCAUUUUUUUCGAUUUCCAACACUUGAUCAUUGUUCAUGAAAGAUAAAAAAAGUUUUGUUACAUGUAUUUCUCGAAUUUUUAUUUUCUGUGUCAUAGCCUACACAUAAAUCAUAACAUCAGUUAAAUCAAAGAAUUAAGUAAGUAAAUGAUCAAUACUUUGUUUAGAUUGUUGCAAAACUAACUUCACUUAAUGUUUUAAAAAAGUCAAUUUUCAGAAUUAACAAUCAAUUCUGAUUUUUUUUUCCUUUAAUCAUAACAUCUCAUUGAAUAGCGAUAAGAGCGAUUACCUCUACGAAUUGAUCCAAAAAAAUCCAUUCAAAAUCACGAAAAUCUAAACAUUUAUGAUCAUAAUUAAGUAUAGUCGAUAUUAGUAUGAAGAAUUACGGGCAACGAAUAAAAAUGAUUGAACAUCAAUGAAAAUUAUUGAAAAUAAAUUUUAAUCAACGUCUAAAACAGCUAUAGUAAGACUUUCAUUGAUUGGCUUCGAUUCAAAAGUGUAUAAAUUGAUUUUUAGUUAAUGAUGUUAUACUAUAAAUAUUUUUACAUUUGUGAAUAGUAGUUCGAUAAUUAUCAUUGAGCUGCUUUCAAUACAUUCAAGAAUCCAAAACGUUUAGUAGACUAUUAGCAGUAUCACUAUAUUCUAGACAAAUUUUAGCUCAAUACUCAUAAUCAAAUGAAAUAUCUGAUCGAUUCCUGCUGAUUGUAGUCAAUACCACUAGAUUUUAGAGGAUUCUUAACUGAUUGAUUAUAAUCGAUUGCAAAACCUGAUUGAUUCUCUUAGAUUAUAAUCAAUGUCAGCUGGUUUUAGGUGAUUUUUAAUUCAAUGAUUAUAAUGGAUUCGGAAUCUUAAUCGAUUCUCUUAAAUUAUAAACUGUGUCGUUUGAUUUUACGCAAUUCAUUAAUUGUUGAUUAUAAUCGAUUUGAAAAUCUAAUCGAUUUAGUUAGAUUAUAAUCAGUUUCAUUGGAUUAUAGAUGAUUUUGAAAUUCAUGAUUAUCAUCGAUUCGAAUGCGUAAUCAAUUUUAGUAGAUUACGAUCCGUGAUAGUUGAUUUUAGAUGACUAAAAAAACCAUCAAAUACUGAUUAAAAUGGAUUAUCUUUGAAAAUCGAUUCUAAUUGAUUAAUAAAAAUCGUAGCAAACCGAUUAUAGUCGCUAAUAAUCGAUUUUAUUCGAUUCCCACGAAGAAAAUUGAUGAUAAUCGGAGAAAAUUCAUUGAUUCCGAAUCAAUUAUGCAAAUAAAUCGAUUAAAAUCUGGAAUUUAAUCAAAAAAAAUCUAAAUUUCUCGCUUUUCAUCGAUUAAUUAUGCUUGAAAUCGAUUAAAAUCACGGAUCUGUUGAUUUUUAGGCUUAUUUUUUUACAUGGGACUCCGCCUCUUUUUCCUCCUUUUCCUAUUUUCUUUUAAAAUUCUUCUUUUUAGCCUCUAUUUUCAAAAACAUUCUCUCUUUCCUCUUCUCUCACGAAAAAGUAGCUUGUUGGCGAAAAGAUCCAUGAAUAUAUUGAUUAAUGUUACCACAUCAUACAAAAAAAAACAUAACACAAACUGAUGUGCCGAUCAGUCGAGGUGUAUAGCUAAGGAGGCUAAAUUACCUUACGCGAUUGAUUUACUGUCAAAAUGAAGUAAUCUCUCUCCUCCCGAGUUUCUCUAUAUACAAUCACAUUUUGGACGAUCGUAUAUAUCUCUAAACCAUACACGGAGAAAUAUAAUCGUAUACGAAGAAAUACAGAGUAAGACAAAAGCCAUAGACGAGCUUUGUUUGUCCAUAAACGAUCGUAUUUCUGCGCGUACAAUCACAGAGUUAUACGAUCUCAAUACUGGGCGAUGUGAAAGGCCGUAUUUCUCCGAUUACAAGCAUGUUUGUUUGGCAUGAGUUAAUAUUGACAACGGUUUGAUGAUGCUUGGAAGAAAUUAGAUAUGAUGGAAUGCGAUAGCAACAAACAGGGACGCCUCACUGAUCAAAAACUAGAGGAUUAUACAAUCUACCCAAUACAAAUAAGUCGUUUUCUACAGAACGCAGGAAGAUGACCAUAUUUCACUAGGAAAAAUUAAGUGUUUUCGAUAGCACGGAGGUCAAACAAUUUCUCACAAACCCGCUGUCUGGGCACCAUUGCAACCAAUGUAUUAAUUGACGCUAGGAAACGUAAUUUCUUACAUGCACAAUCAUCCGAAAAAAAGAACAAAAAGCAGAAAAAAAAACAUUUAAUGAAUUCUGAUCGUUUCUAUUUCUGUGUACCUACUUAGUCAGAUACUACGCAAAUAGAAUAGUCUAUUUUUCUAAUGGUUUCCCGGUUUCUAAUGCAUAUAUAAGCAAUUGCACAAAAAUCUCUAUGAGUAGUUGGAAAUUUCGUUUCUUUUUUACUCUUUCAAGUCAUAUUCAACCUAUAUUGAUAAUGUACGAAUUUUGUCGGAUUUAUAGUACUAUUGUGCCAGUGAGUAUUAGUUUUCUUCGGACGAAAUUAUAUGCCUCUUUUUCUCCUCUUUUUUACAAGGUGUUGGUGGGAUGCCAGUGCUUUAUAGGUCUUUGAUAACAAGUCUCUUUGUUUAAUUAUCAUAUUAUAUUUUGACUGCAAAAUCAGUUAUUUUCUAAAAAAGUGCACAUAAAAAUUCAACGUCACAUAUAUUUUGGUUUUUCGCUGUAAACAAAUCUCUUCGUCUAUUUCUUUCACUUUUUCUGCAAAUAUUUUUUUUAUCUGUACGCUUACUAAUGUUAAGUUAAAUAAUGAUGUAACGAAUCUAACUUCUAUUUUUAUAUUCUACUCUUCAUUUAUAUUGUAUUGUACUUUCUUUGAUGCUCAUAAUUACGGUGAAUAUUGUAUUUUUCUCCAGGACAAAAUAAAAAUUGUAUCUUUUUGUACCCCAUAGUCUAUAGAAUGGUCUUGUACAUUAUGGACAAUUAUUACACGGACGGAUUCAAAUUUUCAUUUAUCUCAAUAUAUAAUAGCAAACUCAAUGCGAAUAUAUGUCGGGUAACUCCUUGGGUUACCCAAUGGGUAGGGUUCGAGCUACUCAAUCCAACCGGAUGACCCAUAGGUUGCAAAAAAAAAUUUCAAGGCUAACAAAAAUCCGUCUAGAGAGCUGUCAAUUGGGCUACGAGUAACGCAUGGGCUCAAGAAAAAAAAAUUCCGUAUCUCUAAGCGGGACAGCAACGAAGACGAUGUACACUAUAAAAGAGACUCGUUCACAUCUUUUCUUUCUCUGUACAUCACUUAUUCUGCUUCGUUUUAUUGUCUACAGAAAACAGCGAUGUUGAUAUCUAACAUAAAUUUUGUCAGGACUAGGAUGAUCAAUUUACAUUUACAAAAUUUUAAUAAAUCCAGAAAUAAAUUUUUUUAAAAUUUAAAUCGAUCUAAAUUUAUUGAAAUUUAUUUCUCGACUUAUUAAGUUUUCAAAUGUAAAUUGAUCACUCCGAAUUCCUCCUUCCAAGUUCAUACCAUUUUCCGGUCAGCACCAGUCGUACCUCGUUCACGUUGGUAUGUAUUUUGAAAAUACGGAUUAUCAAUUUCGAUCUAAAAAAAUUAUUGAAUCCAGAAAUAAAUUUAAAAAAAUUUAAAUUCAAAAUAAAUUUGAAUUGACAGAGGUUUAAGUGUAAAAAAAAUUAACCGAAAAAUGCCACCCCCAGGCAGGACAAUGGUAAUAUCGAGAAAAAACAACGAAGUCAUAAACAAAUGAAUAUUGUAUAGUUGUUUAAGAUAAAAGGAAAACAUCCUUACAAAAGUGAAAGAAAAUCAGACCGAGUGUAUUGAUAUUUUGAUUACG